AUGGGCGACGAGAUUCCUCCGACCAAAAAGCGCAGAUUGGACGAUGGUAGCCCUCGACCUACAGACGGCUGUUCGUCAGAGGAGCUCGGGAGAGACACGGAUACUGGCCUGCGAAGAGCCAGCCCGGAGAGAGACUCCCGGCCACAAUCGCCGAGCCACCGCUCUCCGAAGUUGAAUAAAAGCUCGUCAAGGUCGCGGAGUGCGUCAGGUAGUGAUGACGAGCUUGCUGGGAGUGUAAAGGCUCCCUGGCGGUCUCGGUCGGGGCCCCGUUCACGGUCACAUUCACAUUCGCGGUCCUCCUCAUGGUCACCACGAUCAAGGUCCAGAUCGCAGUCUCAGACUCGUUCUCGCGGUACAAGGAGCAGAUCGACGUCUACAACGAAGGAGAGGGAAGCGCAAGAGUCUGAUCGUGGGUCAGCGAAUGACCGGGAAUACAGCGAGAGUGAAUCGGAGAAUGAAGACCAAGCAACUCGAAGUCGUCAGCAAACUCCCAAGCAGACCAUGGCUCCACCACUGCCUCAGCCUGAAUGCCUUCGUUAUAAGGAGAAAUUCGUGCUAAAGGGGCAUCAGCGAGGCGUUUCUGCAGUGAAGUUUUCGCCUGAUGGGACGAUGCUAGCAAGUUGCUCUGCCGAUGCUACGAUAAAAAUAUGGAAUACAGCUACGGGGACUCUGGUUCAUACUUUUGAGGGGCAUCUGGCGGGUAUAUCUACUAUAUCUUGGAGUCCAGACGGGGAAACAAUUGCGUCAGGGUCGGAUGAUAAGUCAAUACGGCUUUGGGAUGUGAUGACGGGCAAGCUGUAUCCAAAUCCGUUUGUCGGCCAUCACAACUACGUCUACUCGAUCGCCUUCUCGCCCAAGGGAAACAUGCUGGUUAGCGGUUCAUAUGACGAAGCAGUUUUCAUCUGGGAUGUACGAUCUGCCCGAAUCAUGCGCUCUCUGCCUGCACACUCAGAUCCCGUCGCGGGCGUCGACUUUGUUCGAGACGGCACGCUUAUAGUCUCCUGCGCCGGUGACGGUCUGAUUCGAAUAUGGGAUUCGGCAAGCGGACAGUGUCUGCGCACGCUUGUUCACGAAGAUAACCCACCAGUUGCAUCAGUAAAAUUUUCACCGAACGGUAAAUUCAUCCUGGCCUGGUCCUUGGAUGGAUGUGUUCGGUUAUGGGAUUAUGUGGAUGGACGAUGCAUAAAGACAUAUCAGGGCCACAUCAAUGAAAAGUACAGCAUGGCAGGCACAUUCGGGCUGUAUGGACAUCGACGAUCCUCCACUUCUCAAAAACUUCCCAAAGAGCAGCAGGCAAACGUUGAAAAGGAGUACGCUUAUGCAGCGAGCGGGAGUGAAGACGGCAGGAUAAUAUGCUGGGACGUGAUAAGCAAAAAGACGCUGUUGGAAUUGACGGGUCAUUCUGACGUUGUCCUAGGGGUAGAUGCCUUCUCGCCGCCCACAAUGGACCAGAAGAGGCUUAUGGCAAGCUGUGGGUUGGACCAGACAGUUAGGAUAUGGGAAGAAAUCGAGGAUACAGGAGAGGCGAGAAUAGAAGAAACAGCUUUGAAAGUUGUACAAGGGGAAGGAAGCCCGGUGGAAAAGGCAGAAAAUGAAGAUGCAUCGAUGAACACUGGGGAAGCGCCCGAGAUCAAGGGUGAUAAUGACGGCUCAGAUAUGCAAGAGCAAACUUCUGUGAUGAAGAAGACUAGCAACGACAAGGACAGCGAUGGUGAUUUGGUUAUGGGAUAG